AAGGUUGAGAGACGAUGAUUCAUCUUUCAGUUCCUUAUCUCUCGAAGAUCCAGAACGCACACCUUUAAAUACCCGCCCUCGCUUGGUUUUUCUUCUUUUUUCUUCUUACAUACACACACCCCUCCCUUCCCCUCUUUCAUUCGAAGACACGACCGACAGGCAAACAUGGCAGCAACUCAUAAAUGGAACUUUGGCGCCGGACCAGCGAUGAUCCCUCGUCCUGUGCUGGAGCGCGCACAGGCAGAGUUCCUCGACUACGAAAACUCUGGUCUUUCGCUUAUGGAACUCUCACACCGUUCGUCGACCUACGAGAACCUGAACAACAAAGCCCAGGACCAGCUUCGCGAGCUCCUUUCCAUCCCCUCAAACUACAAGAUCGUCUUCAUGCAGGGCGGUGGACACACCCAAUUCGCCGCUGCCGUCUAUAACCUUCUCGGCUGGCGUCACCACCAGAACAAAAAGGCCAACAAGGGACCGGAGAACUGGAGGGAGAUUCCUGUGGAUUACAUCAUUUCGGGAGCCUGGUCCGCCAAGGCUGCAGAGGAGGCCAAACGACUCGGCGCAAACGUUCGUGUGGUCUGCGAUGCCAAGAAGGCUCUGGGCGGCUACACGGGCAUCCCAGACGAGAGCACCUGGAAGACCUCCGACCCGCAGGGAGAGUUCCGAACCCAGGAUCGAGAUACGUCCAACACGCCCGCAUAUCUCUACUACUGCGACAACGAGACCGUCAACGGCGUCGAGUUCCCUUUCGUGCCCUCGAAGCACGACCCUUCAGUCCCACUCGUCUGUGAUAUGUCCUCGAACAUCCUCUCCCGCCCCGUCGACGUGUCGAAAUUCGGAGUCAUCUAUGCGGGCGCCCAGAAGAACAUCGGUCCUGCCGGUGUCUCGGUCGUGAUCGUCCGUGAGGACCUUUUGCAGACCAGCGAACUAGCCGACGGGGUUGCGCCCGUGCCGUUGAUGCUCGAUUACAAGACCAUGGUUAAGAACAACUCGCUCUACAACACCCCGCCCAUGUUCGCGAUCUACAUCUCCUCCCUCGUCUUUGACUGGCUCUUGGAUCCUCAGGCUCAACGUGUUCAGGAUGGACAGUACUUUUCGAAGGAACUCAAGGGUAUCGAAGCCGCUGCUGCAAGGAACGAGCGCAAGGCUGCAAAGCUCUACAAGGCCCUCGAGGACUCGAGGCUGUACAGGAUCGUCGUCAAGGAUGUCGCCGCACGAUCCAAGAUGAACGUGCCCUUCAGGAUAUCAAAGGCCCCCAAGAGCGAUCCUAAUGCGGUCCCCGAUAAGGCUGAGGACGAGAAGAUCGAGGCCGAUUUUGUUGCUCAGGCGGAGGCCAGAGGAUUAUUGCAGUUGGCGGGGCAUCGUUCCGUCGGUGGUAUUCGUGCGUCGAUUUAUAAUGCCAUGACGGAAGAGGGCGUCGAUGUCUUGAUCGCCUUCUUGAAGGAAUUUGAGCAGCAGCAUUAAACACACACACACAAAACACACAAAACACUCAUACCAUCUAUGCCAUUCCACAGAGAGACGCAUAUUCACACACACACACACACACAGACACACACUCAUAAAGAUAUACAGGCAAAAACAACUUUUUUUUUUUAUUUACCUCGAAAGCAAAAAUAAGCAUGUAAAAGGAUAAUAAAAUCGAUAUAAAUACAAGUGGGUUGAGAGCAAUGCUGUCCUCUAGACCUUCAGCGCGAAACUCUUUUUGUCCACAGGCA